GCAGGGCCGUCAGUGGUGGCCGGCCGGCCGCGCGGCGCGUGUGGGACCCUCGGCCGGUGCAGAGGGAGAGAGCGGCACGCAGCCGGGAGAUGACGGACACGGCGGGCGAGCCGGAGCAGUUCUGGGACGGCGCGGCGGCCGGCUUCAGCCCCGGCUACGGGGCGCAGAGCUGUCCGGAGCAGCCGGCGCCGCCGCCCACCUCCGAGCAACAACAGCAGCAGCCGGCAGCGGCGGCGGCCGGCGGCAAGGCGCGCGGCUCCAGCCGCCGGAACGCCUGGGGGCCGCACAGCUACGCCGACCUGAUCACGCAGGCGAUCCUCAGUACGCCGGAGCGCCGCCUCACGCUGGCCCAGGUCUACGAGUGGAUGGUGGCCAACAUCCCCUGGUUCAAGGAUAAGGGCGACAGCACCAGUUCGGCAGGAUGGAAGAACUCUGUGAGGCACAACCUGUCGCUGCACACGCGCUUCGUCAAGGUGCAGAACGAGGGCACCGGCAAGUCCUCCUGGUGGACCAUCAACCCAGACGCCAAGACGGGCAAGAGCUCGCGGCGCCGCUCGCCGCUGGACCCAUCGAAGGCGGGCGGCCGGAAGCGGGGCCGCGCCAAGAAGCGCUCCGACUCGGCCGGCGAGGGAGCCGACGGCGGCGCGGCGCUCGGAUCGCCGCCCGACGCCGCCUUCCUCGACCCGCAGACGAUGCUGUACAGGACGGCGGCCGGCUGCGAGCGGCUGUCACCGGGACCGCUCGGCUGGCCCGGUCCCACCUACCCCGGCCGACCGCCGUACACGCCCGACCAUGUCGGCUACCAGCCCGACAGAAACGGCUACCACCCGGACCGAAACGGCUACCACCCGGAUAGAAACGGUUUCCAUCCAGAAAGAAAUGGUUUCCAUCCAGACAGGAAUGGUUAUCAUCCCGACCGAAACGGUUUCCAUCCUGACCGAAACGGUUUCCAUUCCGACCGAAACGGCUACACUCCGCAGAACGGCGGCUACCUGCCGGAGCGUAACGGCUACCUGGCGGCCGAGUAUCAGCAGCAGCAGGAGCGCGCUGCCGAGUUCAGUCGCGUGGAGCCGGGCCGGCCGGCGGAGCAGGUGGCCGGUGCCGAGCAGGGCCUGCCGCCGCCCUACCACAACAUCGCCACCUCCGGCUACGGCCUCUACUGCGGCGGCGGUGCGGCCCCCUUCGCCGCCGACGUGCGCCGGCCGCCCGGUCUGAUGGUCGGCAAUGGCGGAAUGCCCGCGCAGGACGUCGAGCAGCACACCGGCUACAACGGCAUUCAGCAGGUGGCCUCGCCGCCGGUGGGCUCGUGUCCCAUGUCCCCGGGCGGCGCGGCGGCCGCCGGCGAGGGCCCGUACCCGGCGCCGGCGGCCGGCGGCCGGCCGCCCUACGUGCCCUCGCCGUCGGCGGCUCCGUACGGUGCCUUCGUGUCGGCGGCGCCCGAGCGGCGGCCGGCCAGCGCCGACUCGGAGCCCCAGGAGCAGACGCCCUCGCAGCUGAUGGGCAGCGUGAUGGGCGCCCUGCAGCCGGACCCGGCGCUCAGCGGUCUCGAGCUGGACGCCUUCCAGGGCGGCUUCGUCUGCGACGUGGACAACAUCAUCAACGAGGAGCUGAGCAGGGACGGCCAGCUGGACUUUGCCUUCAGCCAGGCAGCGGCGGCGGGCGGCCAGCAGCGGCUGGCGCCGGGCCGCGCCGGCAGCGAGACCCGCCUGCCGCCCUCCACAGGCCUCACACCGCGCUGGCACCAGCUCAACGCCUCCCUGUAGACCGCUGGGUGACGCCGGAUGCCGACCGGUGCGCGGCGUCGGGCGGAGGCGACGGAGGUCUCCCUCACUCGGUGGUAUGUACCCGGCCACUCGGAGGCCGAGCGGGGACUGGUGCAGCCAGGUAUAUGAGGCUACAGCUGCCAGGCGGAAGCGGAUCUCUGCGCAGAGGACCGACGGGGCAAGAGAUCAGCGGGCAGCGGGCACCAGGGUCCGCUGGCCCAACCCGAGGUACCGGCACUGUCGAGUUUCCCACAAACCACCGAGCGUUAGGUACAAAUCGGUUCCACGCCUUCACAGGCGCAGAAUAGUUCAGCGACGGCACUGCUUGAACGUGUUCGUGGCUAGUUCGCCGUCUGUAUUCUGACGGCGUUCAAGCCUGCUGGUUGGGAGCACGAGUUCGUUGGGCCGGGAGCUGCGGCUGCCGGUGUCUUGCCGUGCUCCUCACACAGGCCGGCCGGACAGGUGCGGGUUCUCGCGAGCUGUGAAUGGCGAGCCGGACCCUGCCGUCCGGCCGGUCUGUGUCCAUCGGCGUACUACCGAGCAUACCGCCGCACCUAACGUUAUAGGCGGCGUUAACCGUUAAGUGCCAGUGUGAUGAAGCCAGCUCUGGUGUAGCGAAUUGCCCUAGGUGUAACAUGGGGUGUCAAAUGACGCCACAGAAUCAGAGGGCGUCAGAUAUCGAGCAAAAUAUGCAACGUGUCACUAACGGUGACACCUAAAACCACCAGCGAGCGACGAAGUGUUCAAAUCGAAGUUAGCGAUGGAUGAAGCCUUUAAACUAUUCCAAAUUCAUUUUGUGAAUGUAAUGCUGCGUUAAUAGUUAAAUUUUAUCUAUAAGUAUUCAUCUUUCCGAUGAAGAACCGAUAACUGCCCGGAGAAACCAGUCUAUACGCGGCUGUUGUACAAUGUUACGCCGCAACGUUGAGCCACCUCAGUGGUAUGUUUUGACGGAAACUGUAUAGGACAAUUGCUGUGCCGUGUCAAACGACGAAAACGACAAAACACCGUUUUCGUUACAGUUUUAUGUUGAAAGUAAUGUUUCUAAGUAUUUGAUCAUAACCAGUGAUUCAUUUGCAUUUACCGAAGGACGGUGGCAUUUAGCACCUUUUGAGUUUGUCCUUUUCCAAAUCGGAUGGGUGUGCUGGAGCACCGUUUUGUAAUAUAGUGCGAGAAAGUUCAGUGGAUUGAUGUGUCCACUCCUGGCUACCCUGACCGCAGCGUAUUGUUGGGGAGAAUAGGGGCGGGGUGGGCUGGGGCAAGCCACCGGCCGGCCCAACAAGUGUGUGACCCAUGCAUUGUUGUGUAGUUACGUACUGGUGCAUUAAUCAAACUCGCUAUUUAGUGCAUGCUGUUGGCUGACGCGGUGCAAUUGUUGGUGUGACCUUUCUGUCUGUACAUUUCCUUCAAGUGCCCGUACAGUAAGGCCAUUUGGCUGAAUAGCCUGCGGCUGGUGUGGGGGUCAACGAAUCUUUCUAUCGAGUGUGCGCCGUUUCUGUUGCUGCUCCUCUGCGGACGAUGCGUUUGGUAUGCUGGCUCAGCCUGCGGUAGCGCUAGGGUCGCUGAGGGGACCCGUGUGCCACGCCGAGCCGUUCGGCGGGACGCGCCCCCUCCGCCGCCGUCAUCUGCUCUCGAUGUCUGUGUCGAUGUAUCAGAGCUUAGCUCAGAAACCUCUCCGCUGCCGCGCUCGUGAUAUACGGAAACCAAGAUAUGCACAUGUUUUUUCGAUCAUGUGUGCUUUUGCAACGGACCGGCCCACGCUAUGGGCCGCGGCGGGCCGCCACGGCGCUCGAGUCUGCACCAGCGCCACCUACCCUGACGGCCGCCGGUGUAGUGGUGAAGCUGUGUGCAGAGGGCGCUCGGAGCAGUGGUUCGCACCCAGUGUGUGGCGUGAGCCCUUCGUGCGUCAGUCGGUGUCAGCGCUUACAGUUUUGACGUUCGCCCUCAUGUCACUCUUUUACGCAUUUCACAAUGAGCUUAAACACGAUAUAAUGUGUGGGCUUGUCACUGCUUCCUUCCUUCAUCCACUCGUACAAUAGCGGAGAGCCGGGCAUCUUCGCCACAAAAUCAAACUGCCCGUACCGAGCGGUUAUAGUUAUCAGCUCCCAAAAUCGAUCAAUGUAAAAUCGACAAUCAGUGACCAUCCAUACUGUAUACUUCAAUCGAUCGUGUUUAGCAGUCGUUGAUCCACAUAGGUUUCUUUACGUCGACUGCUGAUACACACUGUCCUGGCAUAACAUUAAUUUAUUCACCAACUUCAUGUUUUCAAAGCAUACAAGAAGCUAUUUUGCUAAGCAAACCAUUUACAGUUUUAGGUCCAAUGGCCAGAAUCAAUCGCACUCAAAUAUUCCCUAUUUUGACAUCGCUGUUACCUGCGAGUGACGAUUUUUGUAUCACCAACGCAUCCAAUGCCUCUCGUAUCGCGUCAAACCGCCCUGCCCAGUCGGCUGAGCCCGUCGGGUCGUCAGUGGCCAGCUCCGCCCGUCUGCGCCGGGUCGCCGUGCGGUGGUGCCACCACUGGGGCCGGGCAAUGGCUCCGCUGACUGGUUUUGUGCAGCUGUUCACGUUUCGCUAUGCGGCUCUGUUUCACACGAGUGUGUGUGUGCGUGCGUGUGUGUGUUCCGUGUACGAUUUGGGAACGUGCUUUGUCAAAUAAAACCGCAGAGGAGACCCA